AUGGGAUACUCUCCUAAAAUAAUGAAAGUGAAAUUCUCUAGGUGAGGCUGAGUAUUUAUUGCUUUAAGUUUGUAUAAAUUAUUGUAAAUUUAUACAGAAAAAUACAGAAUACAGUAAUACACUGGUCUCUGCAAACUUUUAAUAGAAAAAAAAAUACAAGUUUAGUGACAAAGUCAGUAGAGACUGUUCAAGAGUAUAUAUCAAAACAACAGAACAAAACAGAUAAGAAAACAACUGAGGUUAGCCUGCCAAAAGCAUUUAAAGGCAGUAAUCGGCCUCUCAUUUUUCAGUUUGCAAAAGACAAAGCACUGCGGAGUACAUAUCCACGUAUUUACAAUGAAACUGUACGCAGCAGGAUGCAUUUGGGUAUUCUGCCUGGCGUUCACCGCCUCUCCCGGCCGAGCGCAGUGGACAAAGUCGGCCAAGCCAACGCUAGCCACCAUUCUCACAACUACCAGCAUGACCAGUACGACCAGCAAGCCCACUUCCGUUCAGCCCGUUGCUGACCAGCAUCCCGUUGCUAAUCCGCUUCCCGUUGCUGCCCCGCAUCCUGUUGUUGAACUGCUGCCCAUGGUGAUCAACACCUGGAACUUUACACCCGCCAAUGCGUUUGCCUGGCGAAUCCUGAAGCAGAGCAAGGGAGGUCUUCGGCAGACGCGCAACGCCGUGGUUGAAGGCUGCUCCAAGUGCGAGAAGUUACAGUGCGACCGGACCGUUGGCUAUGGCGGUUCCCCCGACGAGAUGGGCGAGACCACAUUGGAUGCCAUGGUUAUGGAUGGCAGCACAAUGGAUGUGGGAGCGGUGGCCGGCUUGCGGCGCAUCAAGGACGCCGUAAAGGUGGCCAGAAGUGUACUGGAGCAUACGCAGCACACCAUGUUGGUGGGCGACGCAGCCUCAAACUUUGCCAAUGCCAUGGGAUUCAAGUCAGAGUCCUUGACCACGCCCGAAUCCAAGGACAUAUGGCUGCAGUGGACAGCGGAGAACUGUCAGCCCAACUUCUGGCGAAGCGUGCACCCCGAUCCCAGGGUUUCCUGUGGGCCGUACAGUCCCCAGCCGUCGCCCCUGACCCGCUGGAAGGAGGAUCGAGCCCGGACCGAGUACGAGAUUGGGCGCAAGAACCACGACACCAUCGGUAUGAUCGCCAUUGAUGUGGAGAGCAAUAUUCAUGCGGCCACGUCCACCAAUGGGGCGCGUCACAAGAUUCCCGGACGCGUUGGCGACUCGCCAAUACCGGGAGCCGGUGCCUACGCUGAUAAUGAGGUGGGUGCCGCAGUGGCCACUGGAGAUGGCGAUAUAAUGAUGCGGUUCCUGCCCUCCCUCCUCGCUGUGGAGGCCAUGAGGCAAGGAAAGAGUCCGGCGGCAGCCGCCGAAGUAGGCAUCCGGCGGAUCUUAAAGCAUUACAAGGAAUUCAUGGGCGCCGUGAUAGCCGUGGAUCGCCUGGGAAAUUAUGCCGCUGCCUGCUACGGACUGAAGGAGUUCCCCUUUGUGGUCAGCAGUCCGGCAAAGCCGGAUAACCAAACGCGUUUGGAAAAGGUUAAAUGCAUACCGCCGCAGGAAAUAGUGACUAUAGUACCUUUGUAAUUAAGCGGAAAAAGGCAAGCAAUAAAACUAAUUUAAUUUUA